AUGAGCCGCCCCAACGUCUUUUUCGACAUCACCAUUGGUGGAAAAGCUGCCGGACGUAUUGUCAUGGAGCUCUACUCGGACAUCGUCCCUGUCACCGCUGAGAAUUUCCGUGCCCUCUGUACCGGAGAGAAGGGAAUGGGACAGUCCGGAAAGCCACUCCACUUCAAGGGGACCAAAUUCCAUCGCAUCAUUCCAAACUUCAUGAUCCAGGGAGGAGAUUUCACUCGUGGAAACGGAACCGGAGGAGAGUCAAUCUACGGAGAGAAGUUCAAGGAUGAGAACUUCAAGGAGAAGCACACCGGACCAGGAGUCCUCUCCAUGGCCAACGCUGGACCAAACACCAAUGGAUCCCAAUUCUUCCUUUGCACCGUCAAGACCGAAUGGCUCGACGGAAAGCACGUCGUCUUCGGAAAAGUGAAGGAAGGACUCGAAGUUGUCAAGCAAGUCGAAGGCAACGGAAAACCACGUACUCUUAAGUGUGAACAAUUGAAUUGUUAUCUGUCGAAAACCGGAUUCGGACCAGACGGAUUGAUUGGGACGAGCGAUAAAGAUUCUUUCAAACUCGCUCAUUGUCAAACCGAACAGAAUGGAACCAUUUCGACGUGUGACAUAGAAUGUGAUGGAGCUGAAAGAGAUAGUGUUAUAUCGAAAAAGCCAACUGAUUAUAGAUACUGUAAUAGAUUCUUCACUUACAAUGCUCAAAAAACUUCAGAGGGAAAAUGGGCGAUAUGGAGGAAGGGAGCAUGUGCCCUGGCUAAUAUCACUAUGAACGUACAUUGUGCUUUUCCAAUUAGUGGCUUGAAAUGA